CGAGAAAUCUGCAUUUAUCCGUCUUACCUGAAUUUAGAUGAGAUGUUUAAUUUAGUGUGAGUCUAGAAGGGGUGUUUUUUUCUUUGUAAGCAUUGGUUAUCUAUUAGGCGUCUUCAAGGAAUUGCAGAGCUUCAGCUCCUCAUGUGAGAAAAAUACGUUUUUAAUUUACAAAGACUGACAAUGUUCAGAAUAGUCACUAAUUCAAAAGGAAUGCCAGUACCAACAAAACAAGAAGCCGUUUGCAAGCAUAUCAAGGACUAGUAGAAGUAGUGUGAGUAGUGAGUAGCUACAAGCUACUUCGGCUUUCUAAAAUACAUUUGAUAUAUUGCUUAUUUUAGCUGGUAAGAAGGUUAAAUGUGGGUAUUAGGUUAGAGGUUAAAAACAGCAGAUGUAUAGAGGUGAAAAGUAUAAUUAGUCAAAUGUCCACAUCCAUUAGUCUUGGAUGUGGACACUUAUUUUGUUUGGAUAUUUGCUAACAUUAUUUGUAUAGACUAUUAGGUAUAAGAAUACUAAUGACUGGACUGUGGCAUUGCUCAAUUUACUGUCUGAUCUCACCUGACAGCCAUUGGCUACAUUACUUUGUGAGAAACGUCAACCCAUUGCAGCAAGGAUAGACAGAUUUGUGUGUAUUAUAUUGUUGUGUAAUGAAGGGAAAAAGGACAAGUGUCUCCACUCUAUUUCUUGUUGUUCCUUUAAAUUGACCUACUGACUCUGCUGGUGAGUACCAUAUUUUUUAUUGUUUCAUUGUUUUGCUCUGUAAGGGUAGAUUCUUCCCUUUUUGGACUCCUGAGAAUAAUUUUACAUGUAAAUUACUUAUGGCUCCAUCUCAAACGAUCUAUUUGUUUUCACUUGUAAGAAUAUGAAGGAAUGUAAACCAAAUAGCUAGUAUUAUUUAUGGACUUACCAUGUUUUUCCUCCAGAAUAAUGGGGUCCAGUCAUCUCAUCUGUAGUUUCAUUGGUGUCGUGGUCCUCCUGUGGAAGCCGACCGGUUUUUCAGCUGCAUCCCGCAUUAACGUGGCGUUGAGCGGCACGGCUAUUCAGUCUACAACCAUCUCAGACAGCGGGAAGGCUGAACACUCCAUUGAUGGGAACACCGACCCUGUGUGGUCGCACACCAGCUGCAGCCGUACCGGGGAAGAGGCUGAACCAUGGUGGAGGCUGGAGCUGCCUGGUGUGUACCGGGUGUCAGAGAUCCAGGUCACUAAUAGGGAGACCGAUAGGGAGAGGCUGAACGGCAUUGAAAUACUCAUCGGGAAUUCGCUGGUGAACAACGGAAACGACAACUCAAGGUGUGCCAUAAUCAACGAUGACCCAGGCUGCUUGACUCAGACUGUCAAGUGUUGGGGAAUGGAAGGAAGGUUCAUCAACUUCUACCAGUCCUUUGAUGUAGCAGACGCUUUGACGUUUUGUGAGGUCAAAGUGUACGGAGAGCCUGCUGCACCCUCCAUGAGCACUCAGGUGAUGGGGAGGAACAUCACUCUGGUGGGGACGCCGCUGUGCUGGUCAGACGCCCUGCUCUACUGCAGAGACUCUCACUGGGACCUGCUAAGCCUCUUGGGCCCAGAAGACCAGGAGAUGGUUGAUGAGCUGGUGGCUCGCACCCCCUUCCCACUCACCAGCCACCUCUGGGUGGGCCUGCGCAGGUCCCUCUCAGGAAGCUCCUGGUUUUGGAUGUCCGGUGACCCGAUGGACUUCAGCCAAUGGGACGACGGCUCACACCAUCCCUCCCCCUGUGGGGGCGUGUCCAGCGUGGAACCUUCCACAUGGAGGCAACGCUCCUGUGAAGAACAUCUUAACUUCAUCUGUUUCACAGGUCCAACAGAAGGAGUGAAUAAGUUGCGCUUCUAUAGUUCCACAAGAGAGGAUCAAACUCGCUGCACCUAACUUGGCCUCAUUGGGGAAUAAAGUUGCUGAUUCCGAAGAUGUCCUAAGUAGAGUGAAGGUUCAGAAGCUUUAGCUCAGAGUGUUUGGUAGCUUGCUAGUUCUGCAUUUUGUCAUUUUAGGCUUUGUGACAGGCCAUAUUUUGUUCAAGCAUAGCAUAAACGAUAUAUUUCCUUUGGUAUAUAAUCAAUUACCUUAUUUAUGAGCAGAUGUAGGACUGUCAUGCAUGGGUUCAAGAUGGUAUCAAAAGACUAGAUAAAGUAUCUGUUGGCUUUUAUCGCUAUCUGGCUUGGUUGAUUCGGAAACUAUGCACAAAAGUAGGGUUUCAUCUCAAACUUUGAUUGAUAAGGUUGUGUCAAGGGAAUUGAAGGGGGUUAUAUUUAUUGUUGAUUCAGACGAUCAAAGCAGGUCAAACACAGAGAUACGCCAUUUGAGAAUGUGCAAAACAUGUUUUCAGGUCAAUCUUUAUAAGAUUGCGUUUUAUUAAUGUUAUCACCUUAACCAGUAGUGAAUUUGCUGGUUUGUCUUUCUUUUGCAGAUGAAUGUAGCGUAGCUAAUAUUUGGUUUUUGUGUAAUUCUAAUAUCAGUGACCAAGAGACCAAUAAUUUGACUGUAUAAAUCAAUUACAUAAUUUGCCCCACUUUAGUCAGCCCAUCCGGAAAGCCCUGCAACACAUGCCCAGUCAGAGUUAGAGGGCACUCUGGGCAGGUGUGGGGACAAUGUUUUAUUAAUUUGGUUAUUUUAAGUAUGGUAAAGAGUCUGUUGUUCAUUUGGGUACAGUUACCCUGGUCAGAGACAAGCUUAUGUAUUUUGUUUUAUUGAGUCUGGGUUAGUGGUUGUUAAUUUGGGGAAAGUAAACAUCGGUUUGGGGAUUCUCCACAGCCUCAAUUUGGGGUUGGGGGUUUGUGGAGUGAGUGUGGUGGAUGACUGGUUGAGGCAGCCUCACCUGGCCCGAGUCAGACUGAUUGGACUCUGGGGCUGGCUGAGGCUGCACUCAGGGAGAUUACCUACAUUGCAAUAUGGAGCACUAUCUUCAUGUCUCAUUGUCUGCAAACUCUACAAUAAACCGGCUUUAAACAUU